UCUCUGCUGAUGGCGUCCGCGGCUCUGUGCGGUUCCCGUCAGAGCCCGGAGGGGCCCCUCGGAGACCCCGCUCCGCUAGAAGAUGAAGAUUGUGAUCCCGAAGACGGGGACAGCGACUCGGGUUCCUAUGCGUCUGCUAGUAGCGAUUACGAUGACCUUGAGCCGGAGUGGCUGGACAGUGUGCAGAAAAAUGGAGAGCUGUUUUACCUGGAGCUGAGCGAGGGUGAGGAAGAAAGCCUCCUUCCCGAGCCGCCUGUGGUGAACCAUGUCAGGUUCAGUGAGAAGGAGAUCAUUAUUGAAGAGGGUGAUUACAGAGAAGGGAAAAAGUGUGAACCCAAACUCAAGCGGUUCACCAAAAUUCUAAAAAGUAAAAGACUUUUACCCAAGCGCAAUAAUAAGAAAAAUAACAAAGACAGUGGGCCAGUCUCCAUUCUAAAGCAUCAGUCCAAUCAGAAAACAGGAGUCAUUGUCCAGCAGAGGUACAAAGACGUGAACGUCUGUGUAAACCCCAAAAAGUUAACGGUCACCAAAGCCAAAGAGCAGCUCAAGCUUCUGGAAGUGCUGGUUGGGAUCCUCCAUCAGACCAAGUGGAGCUGGAGACGGACUGGGAAACAGGCCGGUGGGGAGAGGCUGGUGGUCCACGGCCUGCUGCCGGGGGGCGCGGCCAUGAAGAGCGGUCAGGUAUCGGUCGGUGAUGUCCUUGUUGCUGUGAACGAUGUCGAUGUGACCUCUGAGAACAUAGAGAGAGUUCUGUCUUGCAUCCCUGGACCUAUGCAGGUGAAACUGACAUUUGAAAAUGCAUAUGCCGUGAAAAAGGAAACAACUCAACCAAGACAGAAAAAGGCACAGUCGAACACAGAAGGUGAUUUAGUCAGACUUCUCUGGGGAGAAGAGGCUGAAGGCAUGGAGCAGAACGUGCCCAACACGCCUCACGUCGUUAUGUAUCUCACCCUGGAGCUGGACUCCGAGACCUCGAAGGAGGAGCAGGAAAUUCUUUAUCAUUAUCCAGUAUCUGACGCAUCUCAGAAACUUAAAAGUGUGAGAGGGAUAUUUCUUACCCUGUGUGACAUGCUGGAAAAUGUAACUGGAACGCAAGUUACUAGCUCAUCCCUUCUUUUAAAUGGGAAACAAAUUCAUGUGGCUUAUUGGAAAGAAUCGGACAAGUUGUUGUUAAUUGGCCUGCCAGCUGAAGAAGUUCCUCUUCCUCAGCUAAGGAAUAUGAUAGAAGAUGUUGCCCAAACCUUAAAGUUCAUGUAUGGUUCCUUAGACAGCGCCUUCAGCCAGGCAGACAACGUUCCUCGAGUGGAUCACUUUUUUGAACUGUUCUUUCAAAGAGCCCUGCAGCCUGCCAGGCUGCACGGUGGCGGUGGCGGGGCCAGUCCCCCGGCACAGCAGUACGAGGCCUCCAGCGCGGUUCUUUUGGACAGCCUCCCUGGGGCACGGUGGCUCACACUUCCGCCGGAAAUCAAGGUGGAAUUAGACACGGCAUUGAGUGACUUGGAGGCUGCAGAUUUCGCAGAACUGUCUGAGGGUCACUGCGACAUGAGGCGGCUGUAUACGAUUUUAGGGUCUUCUCUGUUUUACAAGGGCUAUUUGAUAUGCAGCCACUUGCCUAAGGAUGACCUUAUUGAUAUCACUGUGUACUGUCGCCACUAUGGCCUACUGCCUUUAGCAGCAAGACAAAGAAUCGGCCAGUUGGUCAUAUGGAGGGAAGUGUUCCCUCGAUGUCACCUCCAGCCUUCUACAACCUCAGACACUGACGCCUUCCCGGAGCCUGCAGGCAGAUAUUUUUUACUAAUUGUCGGCUGGAGGCAUUAUAUGUUGUGUGUACUCUUAGAAGCUGGAGGCUGCGCAUCCAAAGCUAUUGGGAAUCCUGGACCAGAUUGUAUAUACGUGGAUCAGGUCAAAACAACUCUUCACCAGCUGGAAGGAAUGGACUGCCGCAUAAAUGAACGGCUGGAAUCUUCUCCAAGCCCCUGCUUGUCUUGUGCUGACUGGUUCCUUGCCGGAUCACAUGAGAAAUUAGAUUGUUUGACAACCUCACCAAUCCUCAGUAGGCUACAGGGUACUUCCAAAGUAGCCACCUCCCCAACGUGCAGAAGAGCUCUUUUCGGUGACUACUCCUUAAAGACACGUAAGCCCAGCCCUUCCCGAAGCAGUGGAGGCCCUGACAACGUCUGUGAGGGUGGCGAAGGCGGCGGCCCGAGCCCCCACACUACACCGGAUGCAGAACGGAAGCAGAGAGAGGCUGAUGGCUCGGAAGAGAGUGGGGCCUUGCUCAGGGUCAUUAAAAAGAAGUCUGCUCUUCUAAAUCCAUUUCAUAUGGGGAACUUGAAAAAGGACCUUUCAGAAAAAGAAUUGGAAAUAUAUAACACGAUGAAAUUGACGUCUGGUCCAGAGAACACACUUUUCCACUAUGUUGCCUUAGAGACAGUGCAAGGGAUCUUCAUUACUCCUACCCACGCAGAAGUGGCCCAGCUCGGCGGCUCUGUCCACCCUCAGCUAAUAAGGAACUUCCAUCAGUGCUGCCUCUCCAUUCGUGCGGUUUUCCAGCGGACCUUGGUGGAAGAGAAAAAGAAAGCACCAAAUGUUGCAGACCCUUCGGGUUCCAUCGAUUCCGUCUCUCCUCCAAACCCUGUGAAAGAACACGGGGUGUUGUUUGAGUGCUCACCUGAAAACUGGGCCGACCAGAGGAAACCGGCGCCGGUCAUGGCGUACUGGGUGGUCGGGAGACUGUUUCUUCAUCCCAAAGUUCAAGAACUUUACAUCUGUUUUCAUGACUCAGUCACAGAAAUUGCCAUUGAAAUGGCUUUUAAGUUGUUUUUUGGGUUGACCUUGUAG